AUGGCACAAUCUAUAAUAGGCUACGGCAUCCCAGUUUGGGGAGGUGUAACAAAAACAAAAUUUUUGGAAAUUGAAAGAAGUCACAGCGAAGUUAUUGGAGGUAUUGAUACAACUGAUGGAGAACUGGAUUGUAUUUGUGCAAUAGCGGAGUUGCAGGUAGUAUCAGCACAACUAGCAAAGAGGCAGGUAGUGUUUGUUCUAUUGGCGGAGAUACAGGUGGGAUUGGCAUAUCUGAUGGUAAGGCGGACGGUACUUGUACGACAGGUGGAGUUGCAGGUCGCAUCGGCACUAAUGGUGGAGGAGCAGUUGGUACUAGUUCAAUUGGCAGACUUACAGAUACUACGCAAGCGGUCACACCCAAGCUCUCGCAAAGUGAACGCACAAAACGAAGAAAAACUCCAGAAGCUUUUUGAUGAAGCUAACACAGAAAAAUUGUCUGAUGAUGCUGAAAAUAUGAAAAGAAGAUAG